UGCGACGGAUAAUAGUAGCGCGAGCGAGCGUCUGUUUGUCAGCAGUCGGAGAUCACACGCGCGAGAGUGAGGAAGAACAACAAGCCAACUGCAAAUUACUGCCAAAUCUAGUGCAGUACAAUUCACGGACCCCACAAGAGGCGAAAUCCGAGGGAGCUUUUACAUGUUAAAGAACACAAAGCUCACUGCAACAUACUCCAUCAUUAGAAGAAGAUAAAAGACGGAAGGAAAUAAGAGCGGGACUUGCGAGUUUCAAGACAACGCUUCACUCUCUUCGCAAGUUUACACAAAUACAAAUUAACAAAAUUGAUCAAAUCGCGUACAAGAUGCCUCGGGUGGUCCCGGAUCAGAGGAGCAAGUUCGAGAACGAGGAGUUCUUCAGGAAACUCAGUCGCGAGUGCGAGAUUAAAUACACCGGUUUCCGUGAUCGGCCGCACGAGGAGAGGCAGGCGCGCUUCCAGAACGCGUGUCGUGACGGCCGCUCAGAGAUAGCUUUUGUGGCAACCGGCACCAACCUCUCGCUGCAGUUCUUCCCAGCCAACCUUCAUGGGGAUCAGCGACAGGCGCCCACCCGAGAAUAUGUGGACUUCGAGCGGGAGACGGGAAAGGUUUAUCUGAAGGCACCUAUGAUCCUGAAUGGAGUGUGUGUGAUCUGGAGAGGCUGGAUUGAUCUUCAGCGUCUGGAUGGGAUGGGCUGUCUUGAAUAUGAUGAUGAGAGGGCACAGCAAGAGGAUGCUCUAGCCCAGGCAGCCUUUGAGGAAGCCCGCAGAAGGACCCGUGAUUUUGAGGACAGGGAUCGCUCGCACCGUGAGGACAUGGAGCAGAUGCCGAUGGCACAGCUCAGUCAUUUAAUAACUCAGGAGGACCCUGUGGCAUCAAAAAUCUGGGACUGAUGGCCUUCAAGGACCAGGCCCAGGCGACAGCAGGACCCCAGCCCUGGCUCCAACAUGGGCAACACUGAUGAUCACAAGAUGCGCUAGCGGCAUUCACCAAAGUGGGCAGGGAUAGGGUCACAAGACCUCCAACACCACGGCAAUCUCAUCUCCUGAUGCCUUGUUUAUCACAGGACAGACCAAAGUCCACACUGGUGGGGAUUUUCGGAUGGGAUGUUUGGUGAAGGGGCUGGGUGGGUUGGGCUGGGCUGGUAUUGAUGUGAGUCAGAGAUUCAUUCGCAUUUGAUUUAGUCCCUCGUUUCUUCUUGGGAUUUUUGCACUAUGUGAUACGUUCAGUUUAAGUCCCCCAUAUCGCCUUUCGGUAUGCAUGGUUUUCCUACUUAUGUUUGCUCUUGUUUCCCCCUAUGCAAGGCAUCUUAUUUUAUCCUAUUGUAAUGAAAUGGCAUUUUUUAAUUAUUUUAUUCGUAUUGUGUGUGAAAGUCAGGAUGUUUACUUUUUGUAUUUUCAUUUCCUCUAUAUAUAAACAUGUCUGUCCUUGUGCUUUGUAGGAGAAACUAGUAAACGUCACUAGGUAGUUUUGUGCAGUAGAGUAGAAUUAUUUUUUUUUGAUGUCUAAAAUCAAGAAAGAGGCUGCUGAUGUUGUGAACGAGGAGGUCUUUUCUUCUACCAUCCUUCUCCGUGUGCUCUGUCUUCCACUCUCUUCCUGUAACAGUCAGCUGAAGCAUGCUUUGAAAGUGAACCGAGAAGCAGGAAGUGAAUAUUGAGGUCAGUGUUACUCUACACAAAAUGAGGCAGAGAUUCGGUUUUUCACCCUACAUCUGCUUUUUCUUUCAUUAACAUUAAUGUUUUACCCAUUUAGUUUGUUUUAAGCAGUGUUUGCUGCACAGGCUAUUUUACUCUGGAACUCUUAAAAAUUAGUUAAUACAUUUUUCAGUCAUUGAAGACUUCACUUUCACUUCGUCAAAUACCACACUUUUUAUUUUUUUGACAACUACAUUAUUUCCCUCUAUGUUUUUUUUUUUUUGGUUUUUAAUGAGAUUUUGACAUUAAAUCUCCCUCCAUUCUUAUAAAACCAUGUGAAUUUAUGCAAUUUACAAUAUAUACCAGAUAGGACUUUUUUAACACUCAGGAGCCGUAAAGACAAAAAAAAUGACAGUAAUAUUUGUAAAUCGUAUUAUCUGUGACUUCCAGACAGAUCUAAAAUUCCUGAACAUUUUUACAUCUGCCUCUGUUAUUGUAUAUGCAAGUAAGUAUAAUCAUAAAACUGGGAUAAAACAUUCUCCACCAGGUCAAAUAGAAGAUAUUUGUGUGCCCUUUGGUCAAAGGUCCUGAAUCUGUUUAAGCUGAUUUAGUGUUUUGGGACAGUCAGUGCCGUUGGAUUGGAUGUUAGCUGUUAAAGGAAAAUCAGUGAUAAAGAGAAAGGAAAGUAGGGAAGGAAAGUCAGGUUAGAAACCAAGUUGCUCUAUCAUUAAAGCUUGUAACAGAACAAGAACAUAACUAUAUGACAUAAACAGAAUCACAAAUUGCUAUCCAAUGACAUUUGAUUUUGAACAUAAUAUUUAACGAUGCAUCGUUUCUAUGUUGUUUUUUAUUUUCCACAUCCAAUGGUAAGGAUUUAAGGGCCAAGAUUUCUUUUUUUGGGUGGGAUGCUGAAGUCAGAAGGUACGGCCUACCUCUAGCUUAAACCAAAUAUACACAAAUGAGAGCUUAUUUAUAGAGAGCAAGUUCAUGUUGUCUGAGUUUUGAAGAAAAGCUAAUGUUGGUUUAGUAGAACGUUAAAGCUUUAUAUAGUUGGAGUGGGCUUUCAUACCACACAGUGGUCAGAGACUGGGCACCAGGAGGUUACUGAGGUCUGGAUAUAUUUUGAAGAUGCCAGAGACAGAGAACUUGACCAAAUCAGAGUCCGCAAAGCAGUCCUGCUUUAAUUAGUCUCGCAGAUCAACUCACUGCUUCUAGGUGUGUCUUGUGCUGUGUAUCAAAGAAGUAACCUUUGCUGGCCCUCUGUUAGUUUCUCUCUCACCCCUUUACUUAAUGCUGGCAUUAAGGCAAAAUACAGUACACACCAGGUAGUGGAUGGUUCUUUUUUAAUGAAUGAAUAAAUAAAAUGUUUAUUUUCUUAUUUGUUUUAAGUUAUUGAUGCAGGUAUACGUUUGUUUCAUUAUCAGGUUCCGCUAUGAUGAAAUGUGUAUUUCUGUAUUGAUAUAUUGCUUUCCUUUUCCCCUUUGCCCCCCUAAAGACGUGGGGAUGCUUUUAUAUGGUCUUUGGUUUUAGCUCUUUUUCUCUUUUUAAUUUUAAGCAAGGAGGACUGUUAACUGAAGUGUUAUGUUUGAUUUGUUUCUUAUUAAACUUGUUACAAACCAUAUUCUCAUUCA